AUGUUGGGCGCAUACGUAUGUCGCCAAUGCCGGACACGUCUUUCCCGAACCACCGGUAUCGCUCGGAAUUCUCAAUGGCAAUCUCGAACCAUAUUCACCUCGUUGCGCCCGCGACCGAAUACUAGGCCAGAUGAAGGCAAGGCAGAGUCUACGGUUCAGGAAGAGCAACCCCCUGCACAGGAUUCAGUACAGGGUGGAUCGACCACACGAGUGACAUUGCAAAGACAGCGACCGGCUGUGCGGAAAACAACACAAGAUGAGCCAGACAUACAAUACCCACAAAGAACGAGCCAGCGGGUACGCCUCAGCCGCUACUCGGGUCUAUUGGACGAUAGUACAGCAGCCGACUCUUUAUACGAAGACUUUGGGCAAGAAGACACGUACCAGGAAACAGGACGAACAGAGGCAUCAAGUGACAAAUUGACUUACGCUGCUCCAAUCCGUGAAGCUCUCGAGAACGGCCAAGUCCGAGGAGCCUGGGAUUUGUUCGAGAAGACAUAUACAGAGAAAGGAUGCAAAGCCCUGACCGAGCCAACCUAUCCUGGAGAAUUAGUGAGGCAAGAGUUUGUUUUCAGCCGUCUUCUCGGAUCUGUCACGGGAGCGUUUUGCGUAGGCAGGAAAAGCGUGCAAGUCACCCCGACCCAGGUGCUAUUCAAAUACCAGCAACUUGGUAUCGCUCGCCCCGAAUACUGGGUCAGGCCAACAUUAGCCCGUCUAACACAUGAGGUGAUUCAGGCUUUAGAAACUUCUCAGCAAAACUUGCCAUUGUUGCUUGAUGAGUUGAUUUCUAUAUGGCGACUAUUCUUCCAAUGCAUGAGAUCAGAAAGCGAUGCACUUGAGGCCAUCAGCGAAGACUGGUCUCUGCCACCUCUUGAGGAAAUGCCCGACGUGUACGACGUUAGAGAUUUUAACAUACGGUUUCAGAGGUAUAUUCCCAAAUAUGUCACUAGACCCGGAUUAGGCUUUUGUGCUGUAUACCUGUACAGCAUUUCGGACGCUCUGGAGCCGGCCAUCCAACAAAAGGCAGCGCCCUUUUUACGUUUUCUUGAAAGGCUACUUGCUAAGUCGCGUGUGGAUACAGUAUUCAUACACACUCAAAUGUCGGACCAAUUUAAACAAUUGCCAGUCAAUUUUCGGCAGGAAGUAAGAGCAAGGAUUGAGGCAGCGCCCCGAAAGGCCAUGGUAGCCCUUGGCAAAGAGGGCGAAGCCUCCGAUGAGAUGACCAACCUAGAAGCAUUCCACAUGAAGAGCAUAGCCCGUGUCGUUCAAACCAUGACAUCGGUCCCAAGGUUAGACCGCAUCUGGGAAGAGGUCCAAGAAACAUACCUUAGCGGAAACAAGACAACGAUUCCCCGCUCGGUAUACAAUGGCUUCCUUUCCGGUUACUUGACUCUUUUCAAUUCACAACGUGCGGUAGAAGUGUGGAACCACAUGAUGGCACAUGGCGUCAGGCCAGACGUACAGUCGUGGGUUGCUCUCCUGAAUGGGUGCGCCAAAGCAAAGGACCUCAAUGGGUUCAAUACCAUGUGGCAAAGGAUGGUAAACAGCGGUAUCGAACCAGAAAACUAUGCCUGGACAACACGGAUCAACGGUCUAAUGUCGCUGCGACAAAUUGAUAAAGCGCUGGCUGCGAUGGAUGAGAUGGGCAAACGUUGGCUCACAGCAGAAUACGCCACGAACAACACAAAGACACAGGGCAAGGGUCAAAAAAGCGCCAACAAGAGCCCCGGCAAGGCUGUGAACAAGUGCACAAAACCUUCAAUCGAGGUUGUCAACGGAGCGAUAUCGGCCAUUGUACAGAUACGUCCCGAAUCAAUGCGCCACGAGAAACGUGUAGCAUAUGUGCAAAAGAUUCUUGGGUGGGCAACAAACUUCCAGAUUAAGCCCAACGCCAUUACCUACAACAGUUUGAUACGACUGUACCUACUGGCCAAGGACACACUGACUGCUUUGAGACUUCUAUCGCAGAUGGAGAAGGAAGGGAUUGAGGGCGACAUUGCAACGCACACAAUGCUCAUGAGCGCCGCGUUUGAGAACCAAGUGUUUGACGGGCAGACUGAGCAGGAGCAAUUAGAAAAAGUGCUGGCGGUCUUGAACGACCUCGAAAGCAGCGGGUUGAAGCUGAACGACCACGUCUACUCGACAGCCAUUGACCGGCUGCUCAAAGGAUACGCCAACGACACAGCUGUGCGCGCUGUCAUGGAGCACAUGGCGCAGCGGAAUUUGACACCCUCAGCCCACGUGUACACGUCGCUGGUAACCCACUACUUCCAGUCUGAGCCGGCGAAUCUGGCCGAGGUGGAUAACAUUGUCAAUCUGCUCUUCACGGCGCCACGCAUGCCAAGCGACCGCAUCCUCUACGACCGUCUGGUAGAAGGAUAUGCGCUACAUGGCGAGGUAGGCAAGAUGAUGAGUGUGCUGACACGCAUGUCGAAGCAAGGGCUGCUCCCCGGGUGGGGUGCGCUGAUCGCAGUGGUGCGAGCCUUGGUGCAAGAGGGCGACUACGAGCGUGCGCGUGACGUGGUUCGCGACGUCGCCAAAGGCGAGGGCGUAGCGAGAGGCGGCAUCCUGGGAGACAGGAAUAUGGAAAGUACCUUUCGUAACUUGGUGAGCAGACUGGGGCUUGGCGGGGAGGGGAUGGGCGAUUUCUUGGCGAGUGCGAGGCAGAGGAGUAGUGGCAGUGUUGUACAUCACUUUGUGGAGAGGGAGGGUCAAGACUCUUCUUCGUUGGCACAACAGCAGCAGCACCAUGUGUCAGACGAAGGGGCGGUCGAGGAAGAUGUGCAUGGUUUCUUGUCCAAGGAACGUGAGCCUGAGCUACGGGAUCAUCAGAAUCCUUGA